UAGCUCAAGAAUCAAGAAUCUCAUCUUACUAGUAUAAAGAAUGUCUAGAAUCUGGAUACCCGCCAUUCUUUUUUCCCGCCAAUCUACAUCUCUCCAUUACUCGAGAAAAAAUGGAUGAAAAAUUUGAGGAACAGGGCAAGCUUCCCGAGCUUAAACUUGAUGCGAGGCAAGCUCAAGGGUUUCUUUCAUUCUUCAAAACCCUACCCAAGGAUGUUAGGGCAGUUCGUCUCUUCGAUCGUCGGGACUAUUAUACUGCCCAUGGAGAUGAUGCAACUUUCAUUGCAAAGACAUAUUACCAUACCACAACUGCUUUACGGCAGUUGGGUAGUGGAGUUGGUGCUCUUUCCAGUGUUAGUGUGAGUAGAAACAUGUUUGAAACAAUAGCUCGUGAUAUUCUCUUGGAGAGGAUGGAUCGUACUCUUGAAUUGUAUGAGGGCAGUGGUUCAAACUGGAAACUGGUCAAAAGUGGAACCCCAGGAAAUUUUGGAAGUUUUGAGGAUAUUCUGUUUGCUAAUAAUGAAAUGCAAGAUUCUCCAGCGAUUGUUGCUCUUGCGCCAAAAUUUGAUCAGAAUGGAUGUACAGUUGGGUUAGGCUAUGUUGAUGUUACUAAGAGAGUCCUUGGUUUAGCAGAAUUUCUAGAUGAUAGCCACUUCACCAAUUUGGAGUCUGCUUUGGUUGCUCUUGGUUGCAGAGAAUGUCUUGUACCAACAGAGACUGGGAAAUCCAGUGAGAGCAGGCCUCUAUAUGAUGCAAUAUCGAGAUGCGGGGUGAUGGUAACUGAAAGAAAGAAAACUGAAUUUAAAGGUAGGGAUUUGGUACAGGAUCUUGGUAGGCUUGUCAAGGGUUCAGUAGAACCUGUUCGAGAUCUAGUCUCUAGUUUUGAAUGUGCAGCAGGUGCUUUGGGGUGCAUACUUUCCUAUGCAGAACUACUUGCGGAUGAGAGCAAUUAUGGAAACUUCACAGUCAAACAAUACAACCUCAAUAGUUACAUGAGAUUAGAUUCUGCUGCUAUGAGAGCACUGAAUGUUAUGGAGAGCAAAUCAGAUGCUAAUAAAAAUUUUAGCUUGUUUGGUCUCAUGAAUAGAACCUGUACUGCUGGAAUGGGUAAAAGGUUAUUGCACAUGUGGCUGAAACAGCCGUUACUAGAUGUAGAUGAGAUUAACUGUAGACUGGAUUUAGUUCAAGCAUUUGUGGAGGAUGCUGCACUUCGCCAAGAUUUGAGGCAGCAUCUGAAAAGAAUUUCAGAUAUUGAGCGGCUGACACACAAUCUUGAGAGGAAAAGAGCCAGUUUACUGCACGUUGUAAAACUCUAUCAGUCUGGCAUCAGAAUACCAUAUAUCAAAAGUGUUUUGGAACGUUAUGAUGGGCAAUUUGCACCACUAAUCAGGGAAAGGUAUAUUGAUUCUCUUGAGAAAUGGAGUGAUGAUAAUCAUCUGAAUAAGUUCAUUGCUCUUGUGGAAACUGCUGUUGACCUUGAUCAACUUGCGAAUGGAGAAUACAUGAUUUCUUCUGCAUAUGACUCAAAUUUAUCUGCUCUGAAGGAUGAGCAAGAGACAUUGGAGCAACAGAUUCAUAAUUUGCACAAACAAACUGCCAAUGAUCUUGAUCUACCUAUUGAUAAGUCUCUUAAAUUAGAUAAAGGAACACAAUUUGGACAUGUCUUCAGAAUUACCAAGAAAGAAGAACCAAAAGUCAGGAGACAGCUAAAUUCUCACUACAUUGUUCUUGAAACACGUAAGGAUGGGGUAAAGUUCACCAAUACAAAACUCAAAAAACUAGGAGAUCGGUACCAGAAGAUCUUAGAUGAGUAUAAGAGCUGUCAGAAAGAACUGGUAGCUCGGGUAGUUCAAACAGUUGCGAGUUUCUCCGAGGUGUUUGAAGGUUUAGCUGGUUCACUUUCUGAGUUGGAUGUGCUACUGAGUUUUGCGGAUUUGGCUUCCAGUUGCCCAACUGCCUACUCAAGACCAAAUAUCAGUCCACCAGAUACGGGAGAUAUUAUACUUGAAGGGUGUAGACAUCCUUGUGUGGAAGCUCAAGACUGGGUCAACUUCAUCCCUAAUGACUGUAGACUAGUUAGGGGAGAAAGUUGGUUUCAGAUUAUCACAGGCCCCAACAUGGGUGGAAAGUCUACCUACAUUCGUCAGGUUGGUGUGAAUGUCCUGAUGGCCCAAGUUGGCUCAUUUGUUCCAUGUGACAAUGCUACCAUUUCUAUUCGUGAUUGCAUUUUUGCUCGUGUUGGCGCUGGAGAUUGCCAGCUGAAGGGGGUUUCUACUUUUAUGCAAGAGAUGCUUGAGACUGCAUCAAUCUUGAAAGGAGCUACUAAUAGAUCAUUGAUUAUAAUUGAUGAGUUGGGCCGUGGGACGUCGACUUAUGAUGGCUUUGGUUUAGCUUGGGCUAUUUGUGAGCACAUUGUUGAAGAAAUUAAAGCACCAACAUUGUUUGCAACUCACUUUCAUGAGCUGACUGCAUUGGCCAAUGAGAAUGGAAACAAUGGACAUAAGCAAAUUGGCGGUGUGGCAAAUUUUCAUGUCAGUGCACACAUUGACUCUUCUAGUCGCAAGCUAACUAUGCUUUACAAGGUUCAACCCGGUGCUUGUGAUCAAAGUUUUGGUAUUCACGUUGCAGAGUUUGCCAAUUUUCCACAAAGUGUUGUGGCCCUGGCCAGAGAAAAGGCUUCUGAGUUGGAGGAUUUCUCUCCUAAUGCUAUGAUGCCAACUGACAGUAAAGAGGCAGUCUCAAAGCGGAAGAGGGAAUUUGACCCACAUGAUGUGUCUAGAGGUACUGCCCGAGCUCGUCAAUUCUUACAGGAUUUCACUCAGUUGCCUCUGGAUAAGAUGGAUCUAAAGCAGGCCUUGCAACAGUUGAGCCAAAUGAAGACCGACCUUGAGAAGAAUGCAGUUGACAGUCAGUGGCUUCAGCAGUUCUUUAGUUCUUCAGAUUAGAACUAUCUUAUA